AUGGCCCUGCCACGCUCGCCACUCCUCUGCCACCUCCUCCUGCUCCUUGGUGUGGCUGCAGCUGCUCAGGCAGAUGAGCUGAAGGUGAUCACUCCAUCAGGAGAGGUGCGUGGCUUCCGGAUGCGAGUCCUUAGUGGCAAAAUCUCCGCCUUCCUGGGCAUCCCCUUUGCCGAGCCCCCCGUGGGCCGGCUGCGCUUCCUGCACCCCGAGCCCAUCAAGCCCUGGAGCCAGCCCCUCCAGGCCACCUCCUACCAACACGCCUGCUACCAGGUGGUGGACGAUACCUACCCGGGCUUCCAUGGCACGGAGAUGUGGAACCCCAACCAGAACAUGAGCGAGGACUGCCUCUACCUCAACAUCUGGGUGCCGUCACCACGGCCCAAGAAAGCCGCAGUCAUGGUCUGGAUCUACGGGGGCGGCUUCUACAGCGGGUCUUCCUCACUGGACGUCUACGAUGGCCGAUACCUGACCUACACACAGAAGGUGGUCUUGGUCUCCAUCAGCUACCGAGUGGGGGCCUUUGGCUUCCUGGGCCUCUUAGGGAGCCAGGAGGCCCCGGGCAACAUGGGGCUGAUGGACCAACGCUUGGCCUUGCAGUGGAUACAAAACAACAUCCAGCACUUUGGGGGCGACCCCGAAGCGGUCACUAUCUUCGGAGAGAGCGCCGGCGCGGCCUCCGUGGGGAUGCAUCUCCUCUCGGUCCAGAGCCGAUCCCUCUUCAAGCGAGCCAUUUUGCAGAGCGGAGCACCCAACGGGCCAUGGACCACAAUCACCCCUGCGGAGAGCCGGCGCCGCGCCACCCUUCUGGGCAAGAAAGUGGGCUGCCACUCCCCCAACGAUUCGGAGCUGGUGGGCUGCCUACGCUCCAAAAGCCCCCAAGAACUGAUGGACCAGGAGUGGACGGUCCUGCCCUACAACAGCGUUUUCCGCUUCCCCUUUGUGCCGGUCAUCGAUGGAGACUUCUUCCCCGACACGCCGGAAACCAUGCUCAGCACAGGAAACUUCAAGGACACCCAGGUCCUGCUGGGAGUAGUGAAGGAUGAGGGCACCUACUUCCUCAUCUACGGGCUGCCCAGCUUCAGCAAGGACACCGAAAGCCUCAUCACCCGGGAGGACUUCCUGGAAGGGGUGCGGAUCGCUGUGCCUGAAGCCAACGACACCAGGGACAUAGUGCUGCAGUACACGGACAGCCAGGAUGUGGACAACGGGGAGAAGAACCGGGAGGCCAUGGACGACAUUGUGGGGGACCACAACGUCAUCUGCCCCGUCAUGCACUUUGCCGCUCGCUAUGCCGAGCGGGGCAACAAGGUGUACGCCUACCUCUUUGACCAUCGAGCCUCCAACCUCAUGUGGCCCCAGUGGAUGGGCGUCCCGCAUGGCUACGAGAUCGAAUUCAUCUUUGGGUUGCCGCUGAACGACACCCUGAACUACACAGCUAAAGAGAAAAAGCUCAGCCGGCGGAUGAUGCGCUACUGGGCGAACUUUGCCCGCACAGGGGACCCCACGGACCCCUUGGACAAGGACAGGAAGUGGCCCCCCUACACUCUGUCAGAGCAAGAGUACGUCAAGCUCAACACCCGGCCGCUGAGCACGGAUCGCAGCCUCCGCGCCCAGAACUGCGCUUUCUGGGACCGCUUCCUUCCCAAACUGCCAGCCCCUUGCCCUUCGCGGCCCCAGACCCGCUGCCCUGAAAGGCUGCACAGCCCCCUCCCGGAAGAAGCGACAGUUCCCGUCUCUGGCCAGCAGGUGGCGCGAGAGUCCCGCGCGUCCUGA